CAAUAAUCAGACUUGUACAGUCAGUCAAAUAAUAAAUAUUACACGAUGAGUGGACGAGGAAAAGGCGGCAAGGGACUCGGUAAAGGAGGCGCUAAGCGUCACCGUAAAGUGCUCCGUGAUAACAUCCAGGGCAUCACCAAGCCCGCCAUCCGCCGUCUGGCUCGCCGCGGCGGAGUGAAGCGUAUCUCCGGUCUGAUCUACGAGGAGACCCGCGGUGUGCUCAAGGUCUUCCUGGAGAACGUGAUCCGUGACGCCGUCACCUACACCGAGCACGCCAAGAGGAAGACCGUCACCGCCAUGGACGUGGUGUACGCUCUCAAGAGGCAGGGCCGCACUCUGUACGGCUUCGGAGGCUAAACCUGAUCCCGACCCGCUCAGACCCCCCAACACAAAGGCCCUUUUAAGGGCCAAACACUUCCUCUAAUGAGUCUUUCCUGAUGUCUUAUGAUUUACACGUGAUAUCAAAAUAAUUAACCGUAUUGGCUGAUAAUAUAAUCAAACUAAAACUUUAAUGUGUCUCUAACAUUUCUCAAUUAUAAUUAUAUAGUGACUAUUAAAGUUUUUUUUUUCUUAUUCCUUAACAGCUCUAUACUACAAACUUCUCUCAAACCUCACUGCUCUAGCUUUAAAAAAUAAAAAGUUGAAGUAGUAGCAUAGUGUAAUUAAAUAUUCUAUACACCUGUAUUUUAUUUUUCUAUUGAGGAUAGUUUAUUUUCACACUAACAUAUGGAUACAGUGGUAAUACAGCUAAAUAUACUAAAAGCUUGUACACAUUUUCGGUGAGAAUUUGAUGUAUUUUCAUGUCUGUCUUGUGACUGUAAAUAAUCAUCAGUGUCCAUACUGUAAUUUUACUAAUACAGAUUUGUGAUUAUUGGGCUAUAUCAAUAAAUAUGAAUUUAUCAAUAUC